AUGUCGGACUCCGUAGAGGAUCCCUCGGACGGGGACCGCGCGACCCCCGCGGCGGAACGGUUGAAGCUCUAUGGCUUGUACAAACAGAGCAUGGAAUCAACAGAGGGCGAUGUGGAGGGCGUGAUGGAUCGACCGAUCGGGAAUACACCGGAGGUGCACGCGGAGUGCGAAAAGUGGGACGCCUGGUAUGCCCAGCGCGGCCUCUCGCGCACCGAGGCCAAACGCCGCUAUAUCUCGACCCUAGUCGAUACGAUGCACCGCUACGCUUCGCAGACCUCCGAGGCGCGCGAACUAGUCUCCGAACUCGAGUUUGUCUGGGACCAGAUCAAAUUCAAUGCUUCCUCGUCUUCGUCUUCCGGCCCACUACAUAAUGUCGGUGUUCCGCCGCUGUCGAGCAGCGCAUAUGGGAGUAUCGGGGGUCGAUUGGCGAGGUCGCCAGAGGACUACGAACGACCAGACUUACGUGCAGAUAGCAGUCGAAGAGGUGCUCGGGAAUCGCGGCUUCGAGUGCUCAGCCCCGUCAGCCAGCCCGAGGAAGAAGAAUACUACCGGCGGCGACGAGUACGGUCAACAGACGACGAUGAUGUGGAGGAUGGGGAUGAUGACGACCCAGAGGCCGAUGAAGACGAGGACGAAGAAGACGAGGAGUACGAAGAAGCGCGCGACAGUCUCUACGAGGAACCAGACCACGCCAGCACAAAUACAGACACAGGCACCGGGACGGACCGCACCGCCUCGCACAGCGAAGACCGCCAUCGACGAGGUCGACAUCGCCAUCACCAGUCCGUCGACAGUGGCGGCAGUGGGCUUGGCGGCGGGAACCCCAAGGACAGCCGCUGGCGUCGCCGGGUCGAGCAGGCCUUGACCAAGAUGACGGCCGAGAUCGCUGCCGUGCGCGAGCAGAUGGAAGCCCGCACGGUGGCCCAGCGCCGUCGCUCGGGUCUCUUCGCCUGGAUCAAGUGGUUGCUGUGGGUUGCGCUCCGCCAGAUUAUCAUGGAUAUCGCUCUCCUGGGCAUGCUUCUGAUUUGGAUGCGCAUGCGCGGUGACCGCCGUGUCGAGGACCGCUUGCGCACGGGCUGGUCCGAGGUGAAGGCCCGGCUGGGCCGGUUCAAGCUCUUGAAGCGCAUCGGCGCGACAACACCCAUGCUGCCGUAG